AUGGAAGUUGAAUGUGAAGAUGCUAAGGACGAAUUAACAGAAUAUGGAGGUUUUUCAACUAUGGAAGAACAAAAACAAUUUAUUCGUUAUGCCCCACUUUUGGAAUAUGGACAAGAAAUUUCACGUUUUGCAAUGAAAAUGGAUAAUAUUAGCAAUGUUGGAGUAGAAGAUGGGCAAAGUGUUCAAAGUUGUGCAGCACUUAGGCACAGAAUGAAUGCUGCUUUCUCACUUUUAUGUUACCGUGAUCCUAGUCAUUCAACCAAUUUUUAUUUACUUGAACAAACUCAACGUGAUAUUGUAGCUAAAGCACUUAAUGCUGCAAUUAUUGAAUCCCACGGCAAAGAUGGUACCUCACCUUUAGAAAAAUGCCUUAACCGCGCCCGUUUUAUACGUGAACAGGCGCUGACAUAUUCUGCUUCUGCAGUUUUUACUGAUGCUAAUCGCCUUUUAUUUGGUGAAGGAGAAGGUUGUUUGGAUACCUGUGGCAAUAGUAAAUAUAUACAUACUUGA